AAAACCGAAUAUGAGAUCAUCCGGUGUGCUGAAGAUACUUGCUUUCCUUAUUACAUGUGUUCUAAUUAUUAUUUGCUACCAAAUUCUUUUGACAACAUCCAUUUUCAAUCACAUUGACUCAAAAAUACCACAGCCAGACCCUGUGCCUUUAGGUAAAGGAGUGGGCAAUGUGAAAGUUUUUUUGGAAAACGAACCGCAGGCACUUGGCACAGCUACGGCCCAGAAAAAUGAACCGAUACAUGAAAUUAAUGUUGUGAUUACAUUUACAAAUGCCAAAGACAACACUAAUUUACAACAAAAGUUCCAAACAACUGUUUUAUCAAUGUUUAAAUGGACAACUUUGCCUGUCAACAUUUACAUAAUUGGUGACAGAGAUAGUCAGGUCUUGGCAGAUGCAAUCUUGAAACAAGCUGUCAGUAAAUACAAUAAACAAUACAAGUUGGUGAAGCUAGAUACUGAUGAUUUAGCAAAGAAACUACAUGAAGUUAUAAAGGAGAUGCAGCAGCAUUUUAGUUACAAACCUGGAGCUUAUUACAGUCAUUCCUUAUUCUUUCUCUCUAUUGCAAUACACAGGGUGAUGCCAGAAACAUUACACAGAGUCAUAAUGAUGGAUGCUGAUUUGAAAUUCAAUAACGAUGUCAAGGAGCUUUUUGAAUUAUUUGAUAACUUUUCUGACACAAAUGUCAUGGGUAUAGCCAGGGAGAAUCAACCUGUGUAUAGACAUGUGUUGUCUGUAUAUCGUAGUGCUAAUCCAGGUACAAGAGUUGGUGAUCCACCACCAAAUGGAAUCACAGGAUUUAAUAGUGGUGUUCUACUUCUAAACUUAGACAAAAUGAGAAAAUCUGAGUUAUAUAAUUCCUUAAUUAAUCCGCAGGUUGUAAAAGAUUUAACAAAAAAAUAUUCAUUCCAAGGUCAUUUAGGUGAUCAAGACUUUUUCACUUUGUUAUCAUUAGAACAUGAAAAUUUAUUCUAUGUUUUGCCUUGUACAUGGAACCGUCAGCUUUGUGUUUGGUGGAGGGAUAAAGGUUACGAGUCUGUUUUUGACCUUUAUUUUAAAUGUGAAGGUCAUAUUAAUAUUUACCAUGGAAAUGGUAACACAGAUAUUCCAAAAUUAGAUUGGGAAAAAUAGAUUUUAUAUUUGCUUUGUUCGUUUUAGUAGUUUAUGAUUUUUUAUGUACCAAUGUAUUUAAAGGAGAUAACAUCAGAUGAAUAUGAAAUAAGAAAAAUUAGAUAAGAGUCAUGCAUAUAUAAGACAUUCUAAUCUUUUGGAAGGCCGCAAUUAUAUUCAAUUCAUUUAAUUGCUUAUACAUGUUAAAGCAAAUGAUAUAAAAUUGCAUGACAAAACAUAUUGAAAUGGAUAAAAUAAUAUUUUUAAAUGUAAAAAAUGUUAUGAUAACAUUACUUUUACUAAUUAUAAGUAGCUUUAAUAUUAAAUAAGUAGCUUUAAUAUUUGAUAAGGGAGAUAAUUUGAAUAGUACUUAAUUUCUGAUAUUUUAAUUCUGUAACAGUAGAGGUAAUGUUACACAUUGCUUAUACAUGACUUACAUGCAGUGCUUUAACUUUAGCAAAGAAAAUGAAUUGAUCAAUGUUCAAGUUUAUGUAUUCGUUGUAAUUUGUUAACAUAUAAGAUGGUAUAACCAUUGCUAGUUUUUAUAUAAUUUGGUUGUUGUUAAUAAUUUUUUACUUUGAAUUUCUUUUCAAGUUAUUUUUUACAUUGUGAUACAGAGGUUGUAAUAAAUAAAUAUGUAUAUAUGAAUAUAUAUAUAUUUUUUUCAAUUUGAAUUAAGUUACUUACAAUUUUUAUAAUGAUGAUUUAAUUUUUUGUUUAGGAUUUUAGAAUAUUUUUUCUAAUAAUAUAUACUGUCUCAUGUGCCAUGUGCUGUUUACAUCAUGUAUUAAGCAUUUAAUGAUUUUUUUUUUUCAAUUUUUUUUUUUUCGACUAUGAGGGUCACUUUCAUUAUCAUGAUUAUGCAGACAUAAAAUAUCCAUAUCCUUUCUUUUCUAUUGUGGUCAUUGGGAUUAAAUUAAAUAUCUAUAGAUGUGAUGCAGUUGUAAUAUGAAUACAUUUUAAGGAAAAAAAAAUAUUUAGAAGAACAAAAACCAAAUCACACCAGUUUGAAGAUGAGAUGUCUUAGAUAAUUUAGACACCUUUCAGUCCCACCGUGACUGAUUCUGGUAAAUAGCCAUACAUGUAUAUUCCCAUGUCAUGUGACGUGUCAGUUUUCUAUGUGCUUUAUAACUUAUUACAUUUAAUAUCUUUAUAUAUACAUGUUUAUGCAUAUUAACCUUAAAGGGGAAAAGACAUUUGGAGAUGUUUUGAGAAUUUUUUUUAUUAAUUUAUUUUUUAUUAGCAAAAGUUGUGGAUCAAUUUGAGGUUGUAUACUAAAUCUGGUUGGUAACAUUUAUAUUUGUUAAGUCACCAAUAAAAGUCUUUUACUAAUUUGUAUUAUUUUUUCCAGAAAAACAUCUGUGCUUUAUCUAAAAAGCAUUUUUUGACUGUUUUUUCAUCCACAGGGCUAGCAUUAAAUGUUUAUUAUUUCAUUUUGCUACUUUAUUGGAUUUAAUUACCCUAUAUAUCAUGUAUAUUAUGCUAUAUCUGUAUUAAGAAGAUGAAAAUCUAUGAUAUACUUGUUCAGAACCUUUGUUUUUUAUUUCUUGCAAGACUAUAAAAUUUGGAGAGACUUAUUGAAAAACCUAUACCUUUAUAGUACAUGUAGUAUUCAUAAAAUGCAUUUUUGUUAUAAAUGAGGGUAUGGAUGGGGUUAAUACUUUAGUCUUAAUAGAAUAAAAAAUAAUGGGACAAAAAAAAAUAUGAAGUGUCAAAUGGGCCAAAAAAUUAUAGAAAAGACAAUAAUGGGGUACUAAAGUCUAAAGAAUACAUAAUAAUGUGAUGCUGAAAUAUAAAAAAUAGAGAAUAAGGAUAAUUAUGCGCCAAAAAAAUCAUAAAAAGAUAAAAAAUGCCCUGAAAAAAAAAGAAUACAGAUAUGAAGACACUUUCAUCCAGACCCUCACAAAUGCACUGUUCUUUGUUUCUACAGAUUUGUUACGUAAAUAUUGUUAUAUUUGAUUUUUAUGUUACAUUUUGCAUUUAAGGGUAAUAUUUCUGUCUUGUUUUUAAGAGACCAAGACAUUGGUAUGCUCUUCUGAUGGUCUAUAUGGCAUAACAUAGUUUUAUAUUAUUUUACUUUUUAAGGGGCAAUUUACCUAGAAUGUGGAAUGCAAGGACCAAUAGUUUAGGGGCUGUUUAUAGUUCACUAGGGACCAACAUCCGUCUGACCUCAUUUAUGUUUAUCCGAAUCAAUCAGUUCUCAGCAUUAGUAAAAUGUCAAAUAAAAAAAUGAUGGUAUAAAAAAACCAAAUACUGAGUACAAUAAUAAUCAAGUUUCAUUGGUAGCUUAGAAAGAUCUAAUAAUAAUCAAAACAUAAAACAUUUUCUCAAAAAGGCAGAGCGACCUAAUUAUUUGGUCAAAUUGAAUAAUGCAAGCAAGGCACUUAAGCAUGUUCAUCCUUGUUUAUUUGCUACUCAGUUAUCUUUAUAAAAUAAUGUGUGGUAUAUUCAUAGAAAUAUUUUUAAUCACAGUACAUGUACAAGGAAUUUUCACUGGCUUUGGUUAUGGACCACCCUUUUCUUCUUUUUUUUGUUUCUCAUUUUUUUUAGUAAAUAAUUAUCCUCCUACUUUUUAACCUAUAAUUACUUAUUUUAUGUGAUUGGUCUUAUCCAUAUGAUAUUACAAUGUCAGAAGUACAAUAUGCUGCCCUCUAUUCAUAUCCCCCUCCCCCCC